CGCUAUAGAAGAUCCAUUUGAUAAAUCAAAAUUAUUACGACAUUUUACAUUACGGUAUAUAUUAUUGGAUAAUAUCUUUCAUACUGUCGAAUUGGGUAUUCGUGAUCGAAUAAUUCUUGUAAAUAAUACAUUCAUAAUUCCCGGAAAUAUUCCGAAUAGUAUGCCGGAUGAAAAUGAAAAUUGUCAAACAAUUAAACACAUGAUGUAUGGUGAACGAAGUGCCCAAUUAAUUGAUAAAUUAAUUGUUCCAAUGAUUGAUAUGAAUUUUACCGUUGGUGAACUUAUGGCUUUACGUUUAAUAACAUUUUGGAAUACAAAUGGUUUAAUUUUUUCACCUCAAACAAAAAAUAUCAUUGAAAUGGCACGAAAUGGAGCUGUUAAUGAAUUAUAUCAAUG